AUGUCCACCUCUGCACCACUGGGUGUCGAGCUGGUGAAUCGUUCCCGAUCGGAAACAGUUCUCUCACUUGACGGCGGGUGGCCGCCAAGGUCACCUACGACGUCGUUAUCACCGUUUAUCGGAUGGCCGCGCAACAAUGGAUACGGUCGGUUCGGAUCCCGACCAGUUGUCCCGGGACAACCGGCCUGGAUGAGUGGUUCUAGCGGUGCCCUAGCACGCACCGGCAGCCGAGAUGAGGUGAAACUGCACAAAAGCCUCGAGGAAAUUUCGAAGGACAUACGCGAGCUUGAAGACUUUAUCAGCGUGACCGAGGACAUAUUACGGCGUGAACGCGAGCAGGAUGAACAGGCGUCGCUACGGGAACGUCAACGAAAAGCGGCCGAGCGUACUAUGCAGCUCAUCCGGAGCAAGUGUAGUCCCACGAAAAAGUGCUUCAAUCGAGCCAUUAAAACGCUAGACGGUCAGAAAAAGGUACUACGCUCCCCGACCUACAAGGUGAACAUCACACAGAAACGGCGCAUCAAAUCGUUCAGCCCGAAAGGUGGUUACAAAUCCAAACUAUACUUUCGGAAUGGAAAGAUUGGCUGCCAGGAGGCCGAAAAUGCGGUAUCCAAUUUGCGCAGUACGCACGAACUAGUCAAGCGGAUUAUUAACGAUGAGAGCAACAUGUUGGUCAAGUUGGAACACCAGCACUACUCGACGGGUGAACACGAUGGGCUUGAUUCCCGAUCCAGCUCGGUGGAUACACCGGUGGAGAGUUUGCAGAUGUGCGUGACGGAAUCGGCAGGAACAUCGCUGUGUGAGGACGAAACAUCACCACCGCCUGUCCCCACGAUGUCCAGUGACGUUCCUAACCAAAUCAAUAACCAUGAAACCCCACGAUUAGAUGAUAACCCUCAGCACAUCGAGAAUACUAAUGGAAUCUCCAUAGAACCAUUGGAGGAUAGACGAAAUUCCACAAGUCCCACAGAGAUGGUGCCAACAAACGGGAAUGACUUUGUUACCGUCCGGCUACGGCAUUUGGCUAACCGAUUCUCGGAGCGUACCAGGAAGAUGCGCAGCAAGCUUGAAAUUCCUCCUACACCGUCCAGCAGUGCCAGCGCUCCUUCAACGGCACCCUCUACGCAGAAGCACAACGUAAAUCAACGGACGAUACAGAACUCCGCCUUAACGCUUCAAUCAGCCACCGAGACACCGGGCUGCAGCCAUUACCUGUUUUGUCCUAUCUUCUGUUGCGGUGGCCGAAGCGAUAAUGUGCUUGAUCCCCAAGGAAAAUUUUACAUUGCCUGGCUGUUUAUCGUGUCGCUUUCGUUCCUGUACAAUGCGUGGGUCAUACCGCUGAGAUCUUCGUUCCCCUAUCAAACGCCCGAAAAUACCAAAUAUUGGAUCGCGAUGGACAUAUGUGCGGAUGUUAUCUAUCUGCUGGAUAUACUGUUCGUUAAGCAUCGCUUGAUGUAUCUCUAUGAAGGAUUCUGGGUGAAGGAUAAGAAUCUUACUCGCAAGAACUACAUGCGCAAGCUGCAGUUUAAGAUGGAUCUGUUAGCGUUGGUGCCGCUGGAUUUGCUAUAUCUUCGCUUUGGAACCGAGCACGUGGUUUUUCGUGCACCGCGACUACUGAAAAUUCAAAGUUUUUGGGAAUUUUUCAAGCUGAUCGAUCGAGUCAUUUCAUCACCACACAUUAUACGUGUUGUGAAGACGCUGACCUACAUGCUGUACAUGAUACAUCUGACAGCGUGCGCUUAUUACGCGUACAGUGCCUAUCAAGGACUCGGCUCCAAUCGGUGGGUGUUCAACAACAAGGGUCACGCUUACGUCCGCUGCUUCGCAUUCGCUACCAAAACGGCCACCUCCAUUGGUAAAAACCCGAAACCGGAGAAGGAGGGUGAGCUGAUGUUCAUGACGGCCGCCUGGCUGAUGGGUGUGUUUGUGUUUGCGCUGCUUAUCGGCCAGAUACGGGACAUUAUUGCGACUGCGACACGUUCCAAGUCCGAGUACAAGCAGCUGGUCGAUGAAACGCUGGAGUAUAUGCGCCGCCUUAACCUGCCGACCGAUCUGCAGCGGCGUGUCAAGAUGUGGUUUACCUUCACCUGGGAGCAGCAGAAGUGCUUGGACGAGACGCAUAUUAUGGAUGCGUUGCCGGCCAAUCUGAAGACAGACAUCGCUAUCUCGGUACACAUACAGACCCUUUCCAAAGUGCAGCUGUUUGCGGACUGUGAGGAAGCGUUAUUACGUGAGCUCGUGCUGAAGCUGCGCUCGGUCACCUUCCUGCCCGGGGAUUACGUGUGCCGGAAGGGUGAGGUCGGUAAAGAGAUGUACAUCGUGAAGACGGGCCAGGUCCAGGUGAUGGGUGGUCCUCGGAACGAUGUUGUGCUUGCGACACUGUACGAAGGCUCCGUGUUCGGUGAGAUCAGUCUGCUGGCGAUAAACGGUGCGGAAGGAAACCGUCGUACGGCGGAUGUACGAUCGAAAGGAUUCUCCAACCUGUUCGUGCUCUCCAAAUCGGAUCUGAACGAAGCGAUCGUGUACUACCCGAAUGCACAGGCCAUCCUGAAGAAGCGUGCCAAGAGUUUGAUGCGCAAAAAUGCUGCUCGCGAAAAGGCCGAAUCGCAGCAGAGCAUCGACACGAAGGACAGUGAGGCGGAUGUAGUCAUCCGGAAUCCACAGGAUCCGACCUCUCCGAAGCUGUUGAAAACCGUCAUCCAAGCGUUGCCCCAAGAGUCGGCCGCCGUACAAUUGCUAAUGCAAGGUUUCAAAAUGAUUGAUCCCUUGAUGGACGAGCCGGAGCAGCUAAUGGAGAUGGCCGGAACUGAGGAGAAGAACGCUAUGCCAGAUCACGAAGAAACGGUCUCGAUACGCAGUAUGGAGAUCAAACAUACGACCGAGGUGCAGAUUGAAAACGAAAAGAAUGUCGAAUUGCCGUGUGAUUUGGUGUACAGCAUUAAGAAGGAGCUGAUGGAGAACAAUAGCUACAUCAAUCUAACCGACACGGAAAAGUACAAGUUGCUCCACGAGCUUUCAAAGGACGAGUACGGCAGCGAGGAAAAAUCGCCAGUUUAAUUCGCCUUUUGUGUAGCAAUAAGCAAUGUGACAAUGUUUGUGCUAAAUGUGCAAUAACCGUUUUCCAUGUAUAACGAUUGCUUGAGGUUGAUUUUCGCUGAUGAGCUGCUAGAGAGGCGUCUGCAGCGUUUACGCAAUAUACUGACCUAAAUCAUUUUUAUACUUCCGUUUGAUGACUUUUUCGUCCACUUUAAGUGAAGUAAGCUAACUUAGUAGAGAUGACGAAGUACAUGGACAUCUAAUUGUUACCUCAACAAGGAACGAAGAGCGCUAGAGUUCAAGGCAUCUGAAAGCCAUCGAGUAUUAUACAGAUCUUUAAUAACAGCACCAAACACAUGCUUGGGGGAAACAAGUUCCACUACGUCAUGCCGUGUCGUUCGACAGACAAACGUUGGACAUUUUGCGUAUCGAAACAUCAAUGCUAAGGUCUCAUUCGCCCGUGUACGUCGCGUGCAUAUUGCAGGGCAAUAAAUUAGCGCCACCUUGCUGUUAUGGGAGCGAGGAGCUUCGGCAAGGUAAGGCUAUAGGAACGUGAUCGACGGAUGGCCGAUAUCAACGAUGGAGUCAAUACAAUUACUAUGCCUUAGGGGAGAACAUGGUUGGCCUCUGGGAACAAGGCGGCUAGCAGAAAUGAGUCAUUCGCGCGUACACGCGUUUCAUUGUUGGAUGAUUUAUAAACAUUUUAAUGUCGGUUUUUUAACAUUUACCAAAGGUAAACCUUUUGCAGUGCUAAUUGUUAGAGUUCGUGUUCAAUGUGCAUCGUUGUACCAUGUCUCGCUGUCUUAAAGAUAUAUGAA